CUGUAUAAACUUACGGAGACUGUGCUUCAGCUAAGGGUGGUGAAAGAUCGCCAGUAUCGAUCCGUCUACGUUUGUCUCGUGUGCCGGCUGAGGAGCGAUCCCUCGAGUGAUGGCGUCGUCGUGUUCGUGGCAUCUAUAAAGGCACACAAGAUACAAAAUACACAUUAAUACUGAUAUGUACAAAUAAAUAAUUGCAGCUACGUCACACGCUCAUUUCAGCAAAAACAAAAUACGAGUCAAAAAGCAAAUCAAAGCAAAGUGUUGUAAAUUUUGCUUUUGAACCAAAAGCAAAGUUGCUGCUGCCGCCCUUGUAGAAACUCUCCGCAUCGAUAAAGUGACGCGUCGCGUUGGAAGCCAAGGUAUGGACACUGCUGCCGCCGCUGCUGCUGCCGUUGUGGUUGAUCUGAGCACCGAAGGCAGCAAAUCGAGUGCGACUAAGACUAAAUUGCUGAACAAGCCGAAGCCAAAGCCGCCCUUGAAUUACACUCUAGUAGGAACUGUAGUUGGAGGUGUUUCGGUUGGCACUGCAUGCAAUCUCGGCACUGAACUGGACAUUGCCAAUUGUCUGGGCAGCACUGUGGAGUCCAUGUCUGCCACACCCCCAACAACGCCCGCUCGCAUUCGCGGCAACAGCAAUGAAACUGGAGAGGGUAUGGGAAUGGGAAAUGGAACGGGAACGGGAACAGGCAAUGGAGAGGCACAUGGCCAUGUCAUGUCCAUGAAUGGACUCAAAGAUGCAAUUGGAGAGAAUUGCCAUCAAGAAAUUGCACUUGCACCAUUAAUUUCCACAACAUCAACGUCUUCCACGAACGCUUCCACAACGCCAACGUCUGCCUUGCUUACAGCACCAAUAACAGUCACGUCAACAACAACCAACACAACAACAUCAACAUCAACAGCCACCACACAAACAACAACAGCUUCGUUGUCAGCAGCAGCAACAACAACAGCAACAUCGAUGACUACGUCAAGCACGAACGGCUCAACAAACGCGAAGGAUAACAACAACAUUGAUCAGCUGCUGCAUUGGCAGGAUAUGCCAAAAUAUCUGCAAUUUAAUCCCUAUGUCCUUAAGGGAUAUCGUCCGCUGCAAACCUUCAAGGGAUGUCUGCUCAGUCUCUUCUAUUGGCACAACGAAACCAUCAACAUACUUACACACGCCAUACCAAUAUUUUAUAUACUGGCUAUUGUGCCAGGACUUAUGCCAUGGGACAGCGGCUUCAAGUUCCUUUCUUUUUGUCAUGUCUUUGGAUCCGUAGCGCCCUGGUGCGGCAGCUUCGUCUAUCAUCUGUUUAUGAACAUUGAGAUGGGCGAGAAUGUGUAUUAUAGAUUGCUCAAGCUGGACAUGGUCGGCAUCUGGGUGAGCCAGAGUUUCGGUGCCUUGCCUCUGGUCACGGCCACAACGUUGUGCUUUAAUCCAUUUAUCAAGUGGCUCAUUAUUUUUUCGUACUGUCUGCUCUCGCUCUGGGGCCUCUACAAGGCCCUCACAGCUAGCUCCCCCUGGCAGAGACGCCUCUGCUUUGCGCUUCCGUUCACGAUGCGUUCGGUGCUGACGUUUCUACGUAUACGAGGAAUGGUGGGCGGCAGUCAUAUGGCCCUUUCCCAUGUCUAUCUGCAGGUUGAAGUUGAUGGCGUUUCCAUAUUAGGAGGCGCCAUUGGCGCCAUGCGCAUUCCAGAAAAGUGGUUUCCCGGUCUGGUCGAUUUUUAUCUGAACUCUCACAACAUUAUGCAUGUGCUGGUCGUCGUGGCAGUCUACUCUAUGCAUAAAGCAACUAUUAAGGACUUUGAGUGGAUGUCCAAUCAGACCUGCAAUUCGCUUGCCAAUGCCACGGAACAAUCUUUGGCCCAUCUGGAACUAUGACCCGCUUACUGGCUACUUCUCCUUCUGCUCCUUUCUCUUUUGCUAUUGCUAAAACCUCAACCAGAACGCGCUGCAAAUCAAUUGGAAAACUCACGGCCAUGCGCAUGCUGAUUAGAUAAUAAAUUGAAACAGAAACUCAAAUUUAAAAAAAAACAAUUUAAGAAAAUGCUACUCGAAUAUACCGUGUAUAAAUGAGCGCGUGCUGUAACAGUAACAAUAGGUAUAAGCAUAUAAUAUAUAUAGGAUAAUAGAUAAACAUAAAUACAUACAAACAUAUGUACAUACAUACACGUAUAUGUGUAAUUAGUACAUACUUCGACUGUGGUAUUUAGUAUUAAGUUAAUAUGAAAGAAUUAUUAUAAAAAUAAAAAAAAAUUAAAUCAAUUACAGUGCACUUUCGGUAUAAUGUUCUAUGCGCGAUUUCCAUGCAACAAAUCUGAGUACUAUAUAUAAACGAUAAUUUCAAUGAUGUUGAUACAUAUGUACCUCAUUAUGCUUACAACAAGAAACAUCUAAUUUUCAAAUAUAACUUUGUACCUCGACGACUAUAAAAACGAAAAUUAAGCAAUAAGAAAACUUACAUUUAAUCUUAAAAUUCUUCCUAGUUGAACUAUUAAAAUCUGUUAAUUGUUUAAUUUUGCAAGCUUAGUACAUACGUAAUAGAGAAUACACUUUUUUGUGAGUUGAAAACAAAAACUGAAUCACUAAUGCGUGUUUUGUGCCAUUAGUUAGAUUGUAACAUUUGGACAAGUGUGAACAAGAUCUUCAAGCUAAAUCGCUGCUGAAUCGAAUUAUUAAAACUUCCUAAUGCCUAAAUUUUGCCAUCUUGUCUAGCAAAUUAUAAAACUCUCCGUAAAUUAUAUUUGAUCAAUUACCCUAGGUUUUAAGAACCAAAUAUUAUAAAAUUGCAAUACGGCAAAGUAUUUUAAUCCAACUGAUGGAACAAUUAUGAAUAAUUAGUUAUUAGUAGUUUCAAUAAUUUACACCAUGCCUAUUAAAAGAAUGCAAAGAACAUAAAUAUAUAACAAUUAUAAUAAAUGAAACCAAAGCUAACAGAAUUAGACAAACAAAAGCAAUAAAAUAUGUAUAAUAGAUGCUUGAAACAAGUUGUAACUAUAUUGUAAGAAGCAAUUAGAGUAAUAGUGUUAUAUACUUAUAUGAUUUUCAGUAAAAGUUAAUAAACAUUAAACACAAAUACAAA